AUGUCCGACCUCAUCAACAAAGCAGAGAACCUUGUCGGCCAGAAGGAAGUCAAGGAUGCUCAGCCAGGCAACAGCUUCGAGCGCGGUGCAGACGACAAAGUGAACAAUGAAGUCAACAGCUUCGCCAGCCAGGAGGGUGUUCCACAGCAGUUCGACAAGGAAAUCGACGAUGUCGUGGACCAGAAGGUCAACAGCGAUAUCCCAGGGGGCAACUGA